AUGCCAGAAGCUGACUCGCCGCGUGGUUUGCCUCUAUUGAGCGGCCCUGCACCAUCUUUCGACUCGGAUAAUCAUACCGCAGACAUUGCUUGUCGGAAAUGCAAUAAAGAGUUCAAUGUUAUAUUCACUAGGGCGCGACGCUGUAACCAUUGCGGUUAUAACUACUGUUCAUCUUGCACCGAUUACACUGCGUUGAUGCCCCGCGCUGACGGCGACACCACCGGGUGGGACCCUGUCCCUGUAUGCGGAUUCUGUAUAGAGAACUUGAAUAUCACCGCCGGCGGUCGCAACUACCUCAGGAGCUUGCCGCUUUCAAGGCUGAAGCGCUAUGUGACUGCGUACAACAUCAAGACGCCUCCAGUGCUUGAGAAGGAUGACUUGAUAGAAGCUAUAAUCAAAGCCAGGGGACCUAAUGGCUGUCUCUCGAAUACCCAAGAGGACUUCUAUAGGCUGCAUAGCGUACCCAAUGGUCGACUCGGUCGCCCGCGAGGGUUGUUCUCCAAUCGCCCGCCGCCACAACCAGCACAGCCGAGUCCUCAACCGGCUCGCAACUCGGCACCCUCCUUCGCUCGACCCGAUCUAGACCAAUCGUCAAACGCAAAUUCGACUCAACGCCCACCGAAUCAUCAACCACCUCCGUCUGCGCACUACGUGCCGCGAUACGCCCCUCCACGAUCCGCUCCACCGCCUUCCCAUUCACCUCGCCCUCGCUACCCAUCGCACCCACCGACUCGGCCCGAUGCGCAGAGAUCGACAUCUGGGGGUGUACCUCCUCGUCCAGCGACCACAGCACCCGCCCCACCGCGCGCUCCGCCGCCUCCCGUCCCCUCCCUCGAUGAACUUCUGACUAUGUCUGAAGACGCGGUCGCCGCAUUGUCCAUCGGCACGCUCAAACAGGUUUUGUUCCAAAACCACGUCAAUGCUCGCUUGCUACUCGAGAAAGGAGAGCUUGUUGCUCGUGUGCGGCUCUUGAUCGAGGAUGAGCGUCAAGAACGCGCGAGGGAGACUGCAGCCCGUGAGCGAGAGGAACAGGAGAUUAUCGCAAGGCAGCAUGCUAUGAUGGAAGAACAGCGUCUGCGCGAAGAACGUCAGCGUGAGGAACGCGAGGCGCGCGAACGAGCUGCUGCUGCCGCAACUGCUACUUCAGGUCUUGAAGAUGCCACGAGUGAGCCUACUGCUGGGAAUGAAGCCUCAGAUGACGCAGGAGAAGGCAAACCGGUCACACCUCCGGCUGAGAAUAAGACGUCGGUGCCACCGCCGCCGCGGAUGUCCAUGGCCGCUGCUGAGCGUACCGGUCUCUGCGUUAUCUGCCAGGACGAGGAAGCCAACAUUGCCAUUGUUGAUUGCGGACAUCUGGCGCUGUGUCGUUCCUGUUCCGAUCUCGUCAUGAAAUCCUCUCGGGAAUGUCCCCUUUGCCGUACUCGGAUCGUUACCGAGCAACGGCUUCUGCGCAUCUUCAAGACGUGA